AUGCUUGCACGAGGCGACUUUACGCCUAGUCAGGUGUUAUGGAUCAUGAUAAACAUACGUUCGGCACGCAUCGUGCUCUUGAAGAUCACUCACGCUCCUUAUAUCGCCGCUAUAUGGGUCUAUGAGGAGCUGUAUGCAUUGCGUAGCCGCUGGCAGUAUUCUAAAAGCUCGCAGCAACGGAUGCGAUCUGCAAAGCGAGGCAUACACACACAUAUGCCAACCCCACGGCCAGAUUUAAUGAGCAGAUCCGAAGUGUCGAUACCAAAGACACCGACCAGUGCCAAGCGCCCGAGUGCGCUUGGGCUAACGGACCAUGACUUGGCGGCUACCCUGAAGACCAUAAAUGAGCGACUGGCCACUAUGGAACGGAAGAUUGACCAACUCAGCAGAUAG